AUGACUACUACUGUCCCUAAUAUUAUCACUACAACAAUUCUGGAGGAGACUGAGGAAGAGUUGGAGAUGACCAGAGAGGAUGUGUUGCUGGCGGCGGCGAUUAUCUUUUUUCUAAAAACGCUCCCAAGACACACCAGACAUUUCCUCAUUGCCAAUCGCAACGACCCAACCGACUUCAUCGAGCCGCUAACUUCAAGCCAUAUUCUCCGUCUCGAAGGGAAUUUCAUCUACUUCCAAAAGGACAAAUCAUCAAUCCAAGCGCUGUGGUUCCACGAGGCGACCGACACCCAACGAAUCUAUAAUUUGUUGCAAAAACUAGUGGAUAAGCUGAAAGCGAGCACCACAGAGCAGACGAGAGCUGCUAGUGCUGCGGGCGGAGCAGCGACUAAGGCUUCAGCUCCAGUGCCAACUAGUGCACCGGCCUCUUCAAAGACAAUCGAUCUGCUCCAAAUGAUGAAAAGUGCGCAGAGCCAGAGCAACAGCGUCAACGUCACGCCAGCCAUCACCACUCCGGUGACCACACCGGCUCCAGCGCCAAAGCAAAUGCCUGCGUGGCUUCAAAAGUUUAUAUUCAAGGAGCCUGGCACUGCAAUGUCGGCCGAUGAAAAAGAUCUUCUAAAAACGGCGAAACCGCAUCGAAAUCAUCUGCUUCAAGACUCUGCAAACUCGCCAUCUGCGAUUUCGUUGGCGGCUAUCUCGACGAGAUCAGUGCAUGGAUCGGAAAGACAUCAGGAUGUUGACGUGGCUGAGGGAAAGGUUCUGGAGCCACUGGACACUUCGUUUGCUGUGGGAUCCGGAGGUCAGAUACCCGUGUUGAAUGAGGAACAGAAGACAAAUCAAUUCGUGGUGGACUGCUACUUGAUUGGCAAAGAGGACAGCAAUAUUCAUUUUCAAAACCGCCGAAUAAAAUUUGCUCCAGCCCAUUUGGAGAUACUGGAUCCGAUGCCAUGGCAACCUUCUCGAAUCAUCCCAUGGUCUCAGUUCCAGCUCAAGAUUGUAGUUGCCGGAAACGAGCAUUUGGGGUUUCCACUCGUGCCCGAAACAGGAUACAUAACUCUUUGGGUGACGUUCAGACCAGAUCAAGUGAAAUACUUUGAAUGGGUGAAGGAGCAGGUCAUAAAAAUGAUAGAAGACAGCUGGGACAGACAGACGCCAUCAAAACCACUUCCACAUCUGGGACAAUCGGUGUCUCGAAGCGAUGCUACGGAUUCAUUCACAAAUACAUUUCGGUCGAUUAAAGAAAAACUGGGUGUGACUCGUGGUGAACCUGACAAGUCGAAUCGUAAUCAAAACGCGUCACCAAUGGAUUUCGAUUGCCUUGAAAACCCAGUCGAACGUCGCAAGUUCAACGGAGUCGUCAAACAGAUGGAUCAUUGCAUCGGACUCGCCAACGAGACUCUCAAAUCAAUUCUGAAUGACAUAAAAAACGUCGACGGUCAUGUCGAAUCGGAGCCACCAGAAGCCGUCGAGCUGAUCGCCGUCGCUCUCUUCGAUGAUUUGAAGGCUCUCGAAGGACCGAUCGCCGGAUUCUACAAGGACGUUGAGAAGAUAAAGCUGCUGACACCUCCCGAAACGAAAGAAUUCUAUCGGCGACUCAACAGACUUUGCCGCCGAAAAACGGUGGACUUGAAGGGUCUCACGAAAGUCACUCUCGGUGUCAGAAGAGACAAAUUGAAUAAAGAAAACCUCUCACAGUGGUUCGAGGAGGUCACUGGUGUCGAGGAGUGCAUUAAAUAUAUGCGCCUCAAAACGGAGAAGUUGGAUAAGAUGGAAUUCCCGGGGGACUUGAAUGCAUUGAAGCUCUCCAUCGAACAGCACAAAUCAGCACACCAUCUUCGAACAGCACACCAUCUGGAAAUCCAUAAUUUCCAACAAAACGUUUAUCAAUGUCUGACCCGUGGAACCGAAAUGUUGAAUCGAUUGAAACAAAUAGCCGCCUCAGCAGCUCAACGAAUGGUCACCAAAAGUAAAGAAAUCAACAUUCCGGAGGCGGAGCAAUGUUCUUCUCAGAACUGCCAAAAGAGAAGAAAAAUGUGA